CGGCUGGCCGCACACGCUCUGCCCUCCUCUCUCUCUCUCUCAUCUGAAUCCUCUUCUUCGACGCCUCCUCUUUUGUUCUUUCUUCGCCUCUCAGAUCGAUACGGGGCUUUCCUCUCUUCUUCUCCUCCGUUGCUUCUUUCUUUCGGUUUCUGAAACCAUUGGGACCUCCUCCUUGUCUCGUUUGAUCUUUGUCGUCCGUCCAUGGCCGUGGAGGCGCUCCACAUGGUAAAGGAGACUUUCGGCGGGCGGCCGCCGCUUGCAGCCGCCGUGACAACGGCAGCGGCGGCGGCGGCGAAGGAGAUUCCGACGACACCGUCUCAGCGGGCGGGCUCAGGGAAGGAGACGCAUUUCCGCGGUGUGCGGAAGCGGCCAUGGGGAAGGUUUGCGGCGGAGAUCAGGGACCCGUGGAAGAAGACGCGGAAGUGGCUGGGUACCUUCGACACCGCCGAGGAGGCGGCGCGAGCGUACGACAACGCCGCCCGCAACCUCCGCGGGCCCAAGGCCAAGACGAACUUCGCGCUUGAUGGGGAGGACGGCAGCUCGCCGGAGUCCGGCGUCGGCGGCGGCGGCGAAGGAAGGGAGCAGCUUCCGAAGUGGCGCGGUUUCUACGGGGUGUGUCCCCGCGACCUGACGGUGACGGUGGCAGUGCCGCCGCCGGUGCUGACGGCGGCGGCGUCGGAUACGGCAACCGGCAAAGAGAGGGAUUCGGUGUUGGAGGCGAGAAGGGAGGAGGCCGGCAAGCCGAAGGAGAAACGGCGCUUCCUCUUCGACCUCAACUUUCCGCCACCCCUCCUCUGAGAGUUACUUUCUUCUCUUUUAUUUUUUAUUUUUGCGUCUUUCUUCGUUGCACAUCUUGUAGUCGCUCCCUCUCCGGCUCUCUCUCUUCCCGUGAUGUAAAUAUAAUUUUUAACGGCCUAAUGAUGAUGGAGUUACAGCAUAUAUUCAAUGGA